AUGAGGGCUGGGCACUGGGAAGUCUUUGUUUUCCUGGCUGUUAUCCUGGCGUCUGCUGACACGGCAAACGAUUGCAUCUACCAGAAGUGUUUCUGCGAGGGCAAUAUUGUCUACUGCAACUCGCUAGGACUGACCUCGAUUCCGCCCUUGAGUCCGCCGGGAGAUGUGCCCAUCUCAGAUCUUCAGUUUGACGACAACAACAUUACAGCCAUACUGCCUGGUAGUCUACCAGCCGGCCUCACACGGCUUACCAUCACCAACAACCCUAUACAGACCAUAGACGACAUGGCCUUCACUGACGUAGCAACCACUCUACAAAUGCUGGGUUUAACUUUAGCUCCCAGUUCAAGAAUUCCCGAUGCUCUGAUGCAUCUGGAGAGCCUUAAUUUUCUAGACAUCAUCAACACUGAUAUCGUUGAUUGGAAUGAGAACGUGAUGAAGUAUCUGGCACCAAAACUAAAUACGCUAACCCUGAGCAGUGUCAGUUUUCACACGUGGCCGGAUUGGAUUCAGUACUGCAAGCAGGUAUCAGAGUUGGCGCUCGUUUACAGCUACCUACAAUCUAUCCCUGACAAUGGACUGGACAGCAUGGCCACAACUGUCAUCAGCAUGUCUCUUACUGGCAACAACUUAACCGCUGUUCCCAAAGCAAUUUCCAACUUUACCAACAUGACCGUUUUUGCUGUAGAUAAGAAUAAGAUAAGAGACGUUACUUGGUUGCCUAAACAAUGUAGGAUGGAUACUUUGGACGUAAGUAAUAAUAAAAUUUUUAAUGCGACCCAGUUAAGCGAGGCUUUGAGGCCUUAUGCAGAAUUUCUGGUUGAAUUAGAUAUAGAUCACAAUGAACUGACGGAAAUUCCUGAUCUGCAAUUCCUGACAAUGGAUAACUUUGAUUUUUCUUUCAACAAUAUUUACGAUCUUACAGCCGGUUCACUGCCAUCGAAAGUUUCCUGGCUGAAUCUUAAUAACAAUCUUUUAAGUUCGUUACCUCGUAUGGUCUUGAGUUUACAGUUGUUGUCUACCCUAUUGAUGGAGUCAAACUUAGUAACAAGCCUGCAAGCUUCGACAAUUCCUUCGACAUUGCAGUACCUCAGCCUUCAAAACAACCUGGUCACCGAACUAACAGACGCAAGCUUUCCAGAAAAUUCCAGCUUACUUUCUUUAUACCUGGACAACAAUCCUCUAACAAAAAUAUCCGAUCUUGCGUUUGCGAAUCUGGCUAAACUUCGGGAGCUGCAUUUGAGCAGUACGAGACUAACUCGUCUACCCCUCGGUCUGCCCUCGCUGCACAGUAUAACAUUACUUGACGUCAGUGACAUCACAGGGCUUGUCUGCACGUGCCUGGAGAAGGAUUUAGGACCAUGGAUCAAGUCCUUGGCGUCAGAGAUAGUUUUUGGAAAUUGUGGUGUAAUUAAAGUAUACGACUUUUUUGCUUUGCUUAGUCCGGGGUGUCCAAGAUGA